AUGGACGCGGCGGGAGACGUCGAGGUGCACGAGGUCGUGGUCGAGGUCGAGGUCGAGGUCGAGGCGGACGUGGAGAUGGAAGCGGAGGCGGAGGACAUGAUGACGGAGAUGCGCCCAACCCGGGAGGUGGAGGUCGAAGGGGAAGAGGGUCGAAGGAUUUAA